CCGGUGCCGCUCCGCUCCGGUGCCGCUCCGCUCCCGGCCCCAGCCCGCUCCCGUCCCGCUCCGCUCCGGCCCGGCCGCACCAUGAGGGAGAUCGUCCACAUCCAGGCGGGGCAAUGCGGCAACCAGAUCGGCGCCAAGUUCUGGGAGGUGAUCAGCGACGAACACGGCAUCGACCCCAGUGGCAACUACGUGGGGGACUCGGACCUGCAGCUUGAACGCAUCAGUGUCUACUACAAUGAGGCCUCUUCUCACAAGUACGUGCCUCGCGCCAUCCUGGUGGACCUGGAGCCGGGGACGAUGGACAGCGUGCGCUCGGGCGCCUUCGGCCACCUCUUCCGCCCUGACAACUUCAUCUUCGGGCAGAGCGGUGCCGGGAACAACUGGGCAAAGGGGCACUACACGGAGGGGGCCGAGCUGGUGGACUCGGUGCUGGAUGUGGUGCGGAAGGAGUGUGAGAACUGCGACUGCCUGCAGGGCUUCCAGCUGACCCACUCGCUGGGCGGGGGCACCGGAUCGGGCAUGGGCACCCUGCUCAUCAGCAAGGUGCGGGAGGAGUACCCCGACCGCAUCAUGAACACCUUCAGCGUGGUGCCAUCCCCCAAGGUGUCGGACACGGUGGUGGAGCCCUACAAUGCCACACUCUCCAUCCACCAGCUGGUGGAGAACACGGACGAGACGUACUGCAUCGACAACGAGGCGCUCUACGACAUCUGCUUCCGCACCCUCAAACUGGCCACUCCCACCUAUGGUGACCUCAACCACCUUGUCUCGGCCACCAUGAGCGGUGUCACCACCUCCCUGCGCUUCCCCGGCCAGCUCAAUGCCGACCUCCGCAAGCUGGCUGUCAACAUGGUGCCCUUCCCGCGGCUGCACUUCUUCAUGCCCGGCUUUGCCCCGCUGACGGCGCGUGGCAGCCAGCAGUACCGCGCCCUCACCGUGCCUGAGCUCACCCAGCAGAUGUUUGAUGCCAAGAACAUGAUGGCCGCCUGUGACCCCCGCCAUGGCCGCUACCUCACCGUGGCCACCGUCUUCCGUGGCCGCAUGUCCAUGAAGGAGGUGGAUGAACAGAUGUUGGCCAUCCAGAGCAAGAACAGCUCCUACUUUGUGGAGUGGAUCCCCAACAAUGUGAAGGUGGCUGUGUGUGACAUCCCGCCACGGGGGCUGAAGAUGUCCUCCACCUUCAUCGGGAACAGCACGGCCAUCCAGGAGCUCUUCAAGCGCAUCUCGGAGCAGUUCACAGCCAUGUUCCGCCGCAAAGCCUUCCUGCACUGGUACACGGGCGAGGGGAUGGACGAGAUGGAGUUCACCGAGGCCGAGAGCAACAUGAAUGACCUGGUGUCCGAGUACCAGCAGUACCAGGACGCCACAGCCGAGGAGGAGGGUGAGAUGUACGAGGACGACGAGGAGGAGUCGGAGGCGCAGGGCGCCAAGUGACGCCCGCGCCGCCCCCAACACUGCCUGCAGCCCCCCGGCUUCGCGCUGCUGCAGCCCCCAGGUGCUGCUCCCCCCGCCAUCCCCUCAGUGUCUCCUGACCCCGUCCCCUCCUGAGCCGGCUCGGCCCCUCGCCCCCCUUCCUACCUCCCCCCUUUUCGUUUUUUACUGGUUUGUGUCUUAUUAUUUUUUUUUGAAUACUUAAUAAAUUUAUUGCUGUCCAGGUA